UACUUCUUUUUUGUUUUCAACACCCUUGCCGUCAACUCCGUUUCAAAUUUGUUUCGUCAAAACACCUCACGCGCUCCCUCAUACAAAACUACAAUUUCUUUUCUCUCUCAAAUCCAACUUUUGCUUUCUCCGAUUACUUUCCGGCGAGAUCUCUCAUAAAACCGUCGGAAAAUCCUGAUCGGAUCCGUUAUCAGGUUAUUUCGAAAGAUCGAUAGAUGGCUCCGGUUUCGGCGCUUGCAAAGUAUAAGCUCGUUUUCUUAGGAGAUCAAUCUGUCGGUAAAACCAGUAUUAUCACGCGAUUUAUGUAUGAUAAAUUCGACAAUACUUAUCAGGCUACAAUUGGUAUUGACUUCCUGUCAAAGACAAUGUAUCUUGAAGAUCGUACAGUACGAUUGCAACUUUGGGACACUGCGGGGCAAGAGAGAUUUCGGAGUCUUAUACCAAGCUAUAUUAGGGACUCCUCUGUUGCUGUCAUUGUUUAUGAUGUUGCAAGUAGGCAGUCCUUCUUAAACACCUCGAAGUGGAUUGAGGAGGUUCGUACUGAGCGCGGCAGUGACGUUAUCAUUGUGCUUGUUGGUAACAAAACUGAUCUUGUUGAAAAAAGGCAAGUUUCAAUAGAGGAAGCAGAAGCAAAAGCUCGUGAACUAAAUGUCAUGUUUAUUGAAACCAGUGCUAAGGCUGGCUUUAAUAUAAAACCCCUAUUUAGAAAAAUUGCCGCGGCAUUGCCAGGAAUGGAGACAUUAUCUUCUGCUAAGCAAGAAGACAUGGUCGAUGUCAACCUCAAGUCAAGCAACGCGAAUGCAUCCCAGUCACAAGCACAGUCAGGAGGAUGUGCCUGUUAACUUUAAUGGUUAGAAGUUCCUUGGUCUACGAUUUUGUUCUUAUAGUCAACAACAAAUGUGUGUAAAGUUCUUUAUCUUUCAUAACAUCUGAAUUUUGAUUUUGUUUUUUUGGGACGGACUUUUGAAUUGGAUGCAGGAGAUUGUCAUCAUAGUUUACUAAUAUACCUAGUAUGUGUCAGUUAUCUGUUUCUAGAUAUAUGCAGUUUUGGCUAUUUCCUGUUGGAACAAGAAUUUUAAGCACAUAUAUCCGUUGAUUUACUCGAGUUCUGCAAUUGAAUUUUUGUUUGGCCA